CCCUCCCCCUCCCCCUCCCCCUCUUCCCCUCUUCCCCUCUCUCCGGCCCCCUCUUCGCCCCUCUGUCAACGCGCCGCCCCAUGGCCACGCACUCGCCACCAGACGCCCCGGCCGAGCCAGCCCCGCCGGCCACCGGCGGGCGCAUCUUCCGCUACUCGACUCUCAGCACGGCGCACGUGGAGCGCCUGUUCGACUCGACGCCGGCCCUGACACGCAAGCACCUGCUGGAGUGGGCCGCCUCGGCGGCCGGGCCAUCGCCCGACUGCCCGGCCUUCGGCAAGCCCGGCCCCACGGCCAACGACACCUUCCAAGGCAUGCCGCUGAUUCACCGGUUCAGCACGGCCGCCCGGCCGGCCGGGGCCGACCUGGCCCCCCGGCCCACGGGCUGGUCCUUCCGCGCGCUGGACACCCUGCGCCUGUGCCGGUUCGCCUGGCCGGCCGGCGGCAUCCAUGUGACCCAUGUGCCGGACGCCCCGUCGCAGGAGACCCUCUUCGGGAGGGCCUCGCGCGCGGCCCAGCGGGCCGGCCUGCGCGCGGCCAUCGGCCAGUCGCUGCUGUUCGAGGGCCGCGCCGAGGGGGCCACCGCCGGGCGCCUGGACACCGUGCACAUCGUCGUGGUGAAUGCCCCCUUCGGCGGGGCGGCCGCCGCGCAGGAGGCCCUGGCGCGCCUGGUGGCCGUGCUGGCGCGCGUGGCCGAGCUCGACCGCCUGUCGGCCCCGGGCCCGGACCAGGGCGACGAGCCGGCCGCCCCCCCCGGCCAGGCGGACCCCCCCGCCACCCACGACGACGACGACGACGACGACGACGACGCCGCCUAUGCCAACCGCCUGCAUGGGGCCCUGCGCGCCGAGUGGCGCGAGUAUGCCCGACGCGCGUGGCUGGCCGCCGGGCCCGGGUCCCAGCACCCGUCCGACGCCACGCUCGAUGCACUGCUGUCCGGCGUGGCGCACGCCCUGUUCAAGCUUCGCCAGGAGGCGGACCCGGCCCUGUGCGUGCUGUACGCCGUGGACUCGACCCGGGAGGCCGGGGCCGCCGACCCGGGCGAGGCCCACAUCGUGGCGGUCUUCCGCCACACGGCCUGGAUCCGGCAGAAUGCCCACCUGCGCGGGCUCUUCGACAGCCGGCUGUACUUCGAUGCGGCGGAGCUGGAGCAUGCGGCGCGCGCCGGCCUGGCCGUCCGGCGCUUCGAGCCGGCCGAUGCCACGGACGACGGGGCCCCGGUGGCCGCGGCCUCCGGGUCGGGCCGCUCGCCGCUUGCCUUCUGGCCGACGGAGUCCCACCCGGAGGGGACCCCCCGGCCGUGGCUCCGCUGCCAGCGGGCCGCCUGCCCGCGUGGCCUGCCGCUGGCCCGGCCGGCCGACGAGGCCGACCUCUCGCCGGUGGCCCAGGCCAGUCGGCUGUUCCUGGACCGGUCGAUGGCCGAGCACCGGGACCAGGCCGCCGUGGCGCUCGAGCGCCUGGCCACCGAGGCCGCGCGCGCCGUCUGGAAGGGCCUCCUCGAGCCGAACAUGAGCCACUGGCUGGACCGGAUCCCCGGGCCCGGCGGGGAGCAUGCCCCGGCCCCGGGGGACGCCCCCUCCGAGGAGGACCUGGCCCGGCAGGUGGCCCGGGUCACCGGCGCGCCGGUCCCCUCGGCCGGCCUGGACGCCGAGGCCUUCGCCGCGGCGGUGGCCGCCGCCGCCGACCACGCCCUCGAGGUGUGUCGCCAGGCCGCCGGCCGGGCGGACUUCGCGGCCGGCGCCGCCCCGGCCGACCAGGUGCUCGAGUGGUUUUCCGACGCCCUGGACCGCAUGGAGGCCCGGUGCUUGACGGCCGCGCGUGGCGUCCGCCACCUGCGCGACCUGGCCCGGUGCUCCCGCUGCCGGCGAGUGUACUACUGCUCGCGCGAGUGCCAGCUCCAGGACUGGACCCGGCACAAGGGGGCCGAGUGCGGCAUCCCGGCGCCCCGGGACUAG